GGGGGUAUAGGGUUGUCGGUGGUGGUGGUCUGGGUUUGGGGGUUAGGGUGGUGUCGUGGUGGUGGUGAGAUCUGGGUUCGUGGGUUUUGGGUAUAGGGUUGUCGGUGGUGGUGGUCUAGGUUUGGGGGUUAGGGUGGUGUCGUGGGUGAGGUCGCCGGCGCCGACCGACUCUUUUGGCGCCGGCAGGUGGGAGGGGGAGGGGUGGGUGGCAGUUUAGGGGAGGGGGUGGCUGGGUUUUUUCUUUUUUUAAUUUUUUUUUAAUUUUUUUUUUUUUAAUAAACUUAACGGAAAUCCUAACGGAUUCCGUUAAGUGGUAGUUAUUUUUAACAAAAUCUGAUUUUGGUGGUAGCAAAGUAAAUUUUUUUUUUUAAAUUGGUACCGAAUCUGAAGAGAGGCGUUUUUAGUGGUAGCAAAUGUCAAAAAAUCCAUAUUUUUUUUAUUAUAGUGAUAUACUAAUAUAGUGUGUAAAAGUAGGACGUUUGCAAACUUGGAAAUUAGUACAUCAAGAAACCAAACAAGUUCAUACCUAAACAAUAACUGUUAUACUUUAUAAAACUUCUAGAUAGUAUAAUUUUUGUUGACAUUUUAAAUUUUAGUGUACCCUUGACCUUGAAAUUAUGAACUUUCCUACACAUUACAUAGUGACAUAAACCUCAAUACCUCCUCAUACGAAAAAUACUAAAAUUAUCUUCCCUAAAACAUCAUCAAAUUCAUCCGUUUAAUUUUACUAUUGGGAUAAUGGUCAUACUCCCUUUGUUUUGUAGGUGUUAUAUUUUUCUAUUGCAGUCUUUUUUUAAGUGUUACAUUUUUUUAGCAAACCGCUAUAAUACAUUUUAAUAUUAUAAUAUUUAUCUCCUCUCAAGGUCCUCAUCAUUCGUACCAAAACCUUUUUCUGUUUUAAUUUUUUUUUUUCUCAUGUAUCCUUUAACUUUUCAAUAAAUUAUUACUCCCAUUAUAAAUAUAAUUAAAGAUAAAUUCCGAUGAGAGAAAAUUUAUAUAAUUAUAUCGUCAUACACCUUAUGAUGGAACAUAUCGAAACUUCAUAGAAUUUUAAACCACAAAGAAUGUUCUAUGCAAGUGCACAAGUCCAAAUUUUCAACAUAUACAUUAGAAAAUGAAGUAUAUAAAAACUUUCAUUUUCAAAGACAUAUAUUUUUUUUCCUAUCCAAAAUCAUUUGUUAAUUUUCAUAAAUAAAUAAAAUUAAGCUUGAAUUGUCAACCUUUUGACUAAAAAACCCGCUUGUUUCUCAACUCUAAUAUUUUUCUGACUCUUUCUUAUUCAAUACAAUCACUCUGUCUUUACCUGCUAAUUUUUCUCUGCUUUCAUACCUUAACUCUGUUACUUCUCCUACAUUAUUAAUAAUCUUACACCCCAAUUUUUAAAGGGUUUUUCUUUUUAUUUGUUCCCCUUUUUAUAUAAAUUUUUUUUAUUGUUUAUAAUUAUUUUUCCACUUUUUCUUUGGUUUUUUUGUUAUUAAUUUUUAUUUGUUUUGAGAGAAAGUAAAAAUGGGACAAAAACAAUCAAGAGAUAAACUGUUGUACGAUUAUGUUAUUAAUGGAGAUGUUGGUGGUAUUCAAUUUCUCUCUAAACAAGGCGCUGGUCUAGAGUGGAAAAAAGAAGGGAAAACUCCUCUUAUUGUAGCAGCCAAGGAUCCUGGUCUGUAUGAUAUUGCCAAAAUUCUCAUUGAAUUGGGUGCCAAUGUUAAUGCUUAUUGUAAAGAGAGUCAUGGAGGAACACCACUACAUUAUGCAGCAAAGGAAGGACUAAAAAACACUGUUGCAUUACUUCUUACACAUGGAGCCAAUGCUUUUGUCAAGAAUCGAGAGCGUCAGACUCCACUGGAUGUUGCUAGGAAGAAUGGUCGUAAUCUUGUUGUUAAAGAGAUUGAGAGCCGUAUUUGCUAUUUUGCUGGUCCAAUACGCGAAACUUUGGGCCCAGGAUGGUCUGAUGUACCAGCUCCACAAUCAUCUUCAACAAGAAUAAGUUGGAUUGUUGUAGUACCUCGCAGUCCUCAUAAUCCUCCAAAACCUCCGAAAAUAGAGCUUGUUAUCUACUCAACUGCUGAAGAUGCUGAGCCUCGUAAAAUUAUCUCUCUUAGUCGGUAUAGUAUAAAAGCUCCAAGAUUCGAUCAACCAAGUCCUUGUUUGAUAAUUUCCAACAAACAGACCAAAUAUAAAUUCUCAUCAGUUACCUACAGCGACAGGCAGCAGCUUCGACGAUUGUACAAUGCUUGUAAGGGAAUCUCUCAGGUCAUGCCAGCCUCGGCUCAGAUGAUGAUCUCUGAUGCUAUUGGUCCACCAAUGCAUACAGCCUCCCAAAUCAGUAGUCCUGCAUGGAGAACACCCAGUAAUUUAUCACCUCCCAUGACACCCCACAACAGUGUUUGGGUGCACGAAUCACCAAGGCGCAGAGAUCACUAUGGUGGCAACCACUGGGGUGCUACACAAUUGAAUCCUGUACCCUUGCAGACACCUGAUAGAUUCAUGCAGACACCUAAUAGAGUCUUGCAGACACCUGAUAGGUUCCCUGCAGUGGCUGUAGCUUCUCCUCCGAUCCCUUCAGCUCCUCCGAUCAAUAAUACUUCAACUAGUAUCGAUGAAGUUUUCAAUCCAUCUGCUGAGUCUGCAGGACAAAAAGCACCUGUUGUUACUGAAUCGACAGUGUGUGUAGUAUGUUGGGAAGCUCCAGUUGAGGGAGCGUGUGUCCCAUGUGGGCACGUGUCUACGUGUAUGUCUUGCUUGAAGAAGAUUAAGGACGAUGAUGGAGGUUGUCCCGUUUGCAGAGCUGAGAUUGAUCAGGUUGUAAAACUCUAUGGUAUCUAAAGUUAAAGAGAGAGAUAUAGAAAAGGAGGUAGGAUUUUGUACAUAAGACUGAGUGGAUUAUUGGUGAUUCUUUUUUUUUUUUUUUUUUUGGGAAGGGGGGGCUUGUUAUCUCAAAUUAUGCAAUAAAACGUAACAAAAUAUUGCUGGUCCUAUAUACAGUAUAAUUUAUAACAUGUGGAUAUCAACUAACUUUAAUUAGUUAAAGUCUUAGGAAGUGAUAUCCAAGAUCUGAAAUCAAAUCUCGUCUACAUCAUUGUCUUUGUGGCUCUCUCAACACCAUACAUAUAUUAAUUGAUACUCCGUAUAUACUAUAGUAUCAAUAUGUCAGCAUCACAAAGUACAUAGAAGUAUAUUACAUUUAGAAAUUCAAGAGCAUACAAUAUGCUAAAAUGAAUUAUGUUCUCAACAGCUUGGUGAAAAAUUGAUGAAUUCCUUAAAAUAGUUCAGCGUAUUCUUGAUUGCAAAAUUGCUGUUAAUGCUUGGUCACAUUGUGUGCCCUGUAGUUGAGGUUACAUACCAGAAAUAGCAAUGGUUUUUAUGAAGAUU